AUGCUCCUAUCUGCAUUUCUGGUGGUGGAACGAGUCUUAGGCUCUCUUAUACCCGCCAUUUCCCUAUGGUACACCGGACGAGUGCUUCGCCUUGUAGAGACCGCAAUGGAGACACAUACUGUGGACACAACACUACUCGUUGACGCUGCAGUAGGACAUCUUGGGUGCACAAUCGUAAUGCUCCUUCUCAAAUAUGCCCGACGCUGCAUACUUCACCCAAUGGGUAUUUCCGUCAGACGAUUUUAUGAUGAGCGUAGAUUUCAUUCCACUGUUUGCCUUGACGUGCCCGCCAAUGAUGAAAGGUGUCUCACUGGCACGCCCGUAGUGUUCUCAUCUUCCGAUUUGGGCAUGCACUGUGAAAUUGUCGAGAUGUUGACGAACAUUGCAAUGACAGUCAUUCGGCUAGUCUCUCAGCUAGUGGUUCUAGUCACAAACCUGCAGGAGCAACAGGAUGUUUGGGUUGCAACAACUACCAAUGAAGAUUUCCUUCGCAUGAAGACCCUAGAGAAGGUCGCUUUCCACGCUCCGUACCGCAAGGAGCUUGUUGCAGGCAACAUCAGCGAAUAUAUCGCUGCACAAUUUUGCGAAUUCUCCCAGCGCAUCGGCGACGGUGCAGUCCAAUUUCCAUAUUUGAGACGAAUCCUUUCUAUCAAGGAUAGUCUGAGCGUAGUAUCCAUCCUCCGAGAAACAGUGCACGCCUUGCCUCAGAUCCUCUUCACUUUGCGUGUCAUGCAAAACCAAUGA